ACGGCCUUCCUGGACGCUGCAGUGGAGAUGGAACUGUGCAAGGCCUGCACGUUCAACUCCCUCCGCCUGCUGGACCGCAUCUGGGACUCUUCGCUACCGGAAACGCACCCGUCUCCAGCGGAAGUGGGUCCGGGCAACGGGGGCUCGUGGACCCGACGCAAGUAUCUGCGCACGGACCGCCACUACCGCCGCUUCCAGUUGCGUCGCGCCAUCGUGGAAGCUGUCAAGAUCGAGGACGCCAAGGCCGCGCUGCGGAUGGUGCAGUGGCUCUGCACCAAGUUCCACGGCUGCAUCGUCCCCGUCACCGCCGUCCACACAGCUGCGGGCAAAGGGAACCUGGACGUCUUGAAGUUCUUCAAGGCGAUUGAGAUCCCUGGGAGGAGGGACGGAGGCGCAGCCAUGAGGGACGAGAUCGAGAACGACAAGGGCCACGUCGUCCGUUGGGGGCGUCACGAUAUGGAGCACGCCGCUGCCAAUAAGCAGUACGAGACCAUUACGUGGCUCUACCAGAACACUUGCGCGCCUCGAGCCAUGAAGAGCACGCUCAUGACGGUAGUGAAGCACGGGGACAUUAAUCUCCUUGAGUGGCUUCGAGAGAAAUAUCCCACUCGGGGUGCCAUGGACCUCGCGGCGAAGAACGGACACUUGGAGAUGGUGGAGUGGCUCGGUACGCACCGGUACGAGGGGUGCACGGUUGCCGCUAUGGAUGCCGCAGCGGGGAGAGGACACCUGGAAGUCGUCAAGUGGCUGCACCGUCAUCGGUCAGAGGGAUGCACGACACAACGCUGCAAGUGGUGGCCACCUGGAAGUCGUGGCGUGGCUGCAUCACAAUCGACCCGAAGGAUGCACGGUCAAAGCUCUCUAUGGAGCGGCUCAAAAUGGACACCUCGACGUCGUUAA